CCUCCAAAAAUGGGUCUUAUUGCUGAUCAUAUUGCUUAUGAUGUGGCCAUCAUUGUUCUCUCCAUAUUUCUCUUGGUUCUCGCCAUCGUCCUCUUCUUCACAUGCAGGAAGAAACCAGUUCAAUCUGAUAUUGAAAAGGAUCAAGAGGAAGAAGAAGAUAAUGAAGAAGAACAACAAAAAGCAGUGCCCCCUGUGAAGAUCUGUGGGCGUGCAUAUACAUUAAUGGAUAUUGAUGCUGCAACUGAUGGAUUCAACCAAAGGAGAAUCAUGGCCAAAGAUCUCACAGGAACUUUAUAUGCUGGUGUGUUACAAAAUGGAGAGCUUGUGGCUGUCAAGCGGAUUCAUCCUCUUCUUGUUCUCAGAAAUGCAGGAUUGAGUGGCUUCUCUUCAGUUCUCAAAUGCCUCUCUUCAGCUCAACAUCCUAACAUAGUUUCCAUUAUUGGCUUCUCAGAAGCACCAGGUGAAAGAAUCAUAGUGAUGGAAUUUGUAGGCACGUUGAGCUUAGAAUUCUAUCUGCAUCAAAACCCAGAUGGGAAUUCACUCUUAGAUUGGAACCAAAGGUUCAAAAUUGCAGCAGAAGCAGCAAGAGGACUUCACUAUCUUCAUGAAAUUGCUUCACCAAACAUAGUUCAUGGCUGUGUCAAGUCCUCAAACAUCCUAAUAGACAUAAACUUCAGUGCUAGGGUUUCUGACUAUGGCCUCAACUUUCUUGCACCCCAAGAAAAGAGAGCCCUAGUAGGGUAUGUGGAUGAAGAGUAUUGGAUCAGUACUGAUAACAACAACAACAAUAAUGGAAUUAUUAGAGGAGGAGGUAGUUGCAAAGAGAGUGAUGUUUAUGGAUUUGGUGUGGUUUUAUUGGAGCUUUUGAGUGGAAGAGGUUGUGAAGAAGGGUUGUUAGUGAAGUGGGCAUUGCCUUUGAUUAAAGAUAUGAGGUACAGUGAAGUUUUAGACGCUAGAUUGGUGAUUCCUUCAGAGAUUAAGCCUUUGGUUAGGUUAGCCAAAGUUGCUUCUGCUUGUGUUGGUAAUUCAAGAAAAUGUAGGCCCUCCAUUGCUCAAGUCUCAACCAUUUUGAACCAUUUAGAGAGAGAAACAUGCCUCAUGACAUCGCAAAAUUAGAGGUUACGAGACCUUGCUCAAAUCUAGAGUAGUCGAAGAUAUCAAAUAUUAGAGAUUACAGUUUAAACUUAUCUAUAGGUACUUGACCUAUCCUGUUAUGUUUGAAUUGAGUAUGUUUUUAUUUACAUUUUCAAAUUUCAAAUGUAAUUAGACUAAGAAGAGGUUGCUGCUAUCAAUUUUGGAGUAAUGAAAAUGA